AAAAGCCGCUGGCCCCGCCUUUUUUUUACUUUUUUUUGCUCUUCUACUUGUGUGUACGCAAGGACUGUCAUACGACGGUUUUGCGGCGAGUUUUAACGCAAAAUACACUAACUUAUUUAGCCCACAAUGUCGGACGACAAAAAGGAUGUUAAACCCGACAAUGAACACAUCAACCUGAAAGUCGUGGGCCAAGACGGCAGCGUGGUUCAUUUCAAAAUCAAGAAGCACACACCAUUGCGGAAACUCAUGACGACGUACUGCGACAGAGCGGGCCUAAGCAUCCAGAAUGUCAGGUUCCGGUUUGAUGGGCAGCCGAUCAACGAGACGGACACGCCGGCGGGUCUUGACAUGGAGGACGACGACACCAUCGACGUCUUUCAGCAACAGACAGGCGGGUGCUGGGACGAACACCCAACGCAGCCCCGGUUCCCCGGAACGGCUAGCGGGAAGAGCAGGAGCGCCGCGACGCUUUGUACAUAAGAGGCGGAAGGACGAGAUGAAUUCGACAUCUGCGGAAGAGGAGACACCACAGCUACGCUUCUGAAGUAAUGCAUCAGGAGGUUUUUUGAGGAAAAUCUGUUGGGGGGGGGUUACCUCUCCGUGCGUCUCUUUUCAUUUUCUUCAGUGUUCUUUUUUUUUUUUUUUUGCAUUAUUUUGCCCUUGUUUUUCUGUACAGUGUUUUCGUGGCUCAUUAAACAUACGUGGAAAAUUUGA